GAAUUUUUAUUCAAGGGGCUGCCCUGAAUUAUCCAAGUCAAUUAAGUUACUUUGAUUGACAUUUGUCAUUGCUUCGAAAUAGUAAACAUUGAUCGUAAAUAAUGUCGACCAGAACAGUAAAUCGCAGGCAAAAAUGGAGCCUUGACAACGUAAGAACUAGAGGGCCCUCAGAGCCCCUUCCUUCACCCCCAGCUUACAUGUCCUCUGCUGUAAGUGUCAGCGGAGAAGUCUCGAAAAAAACCGACAUUUCUCGAUUAAUUACCAAGAAAUCGUGGGAUCUGGCCCUGGGCCCCAUAAAGCAGGUUCCGAUGAACCUAUUUAUAUCUUACAUGGCCGGGAAUUCGAUAUCAAUAUUUCCCAUUAUGAUGGUGGGAAUGUUGUUGAUGCGCCCGGUUCAAGCCAUUUGGUCCACCAAGAGCACGUUUAAAAUGAUGGAAACAUCGAACGCAAUAUUACAGAUGAUCGUUUUUGUGUUUGGGAACUUGGUUAAUAUGGGUUUGGCCCUGUACAAGUGCCAUAGUAUGGGGCUGCUUCCCACACAUGCUAGUGAUUGGCUAGCGUUCGUAGAACCUCCUUUAAGGCUGGAGUAUUUAUCAGGAGGACCUUUAUUACAGUAGUAUGGCAUUUAAUUUAUAUUAUAUUUCGGCUACUAUUCCAAAUGUAAAUGAAGUAACUGUGUUCUAACUAAAACUAGUCUUUUUUGUGCUUGUCUGCAAAUUCCUUGACUCUUUCAAAUAUGGCCCGGGGGUCAUCAACUCUGGGCACCUGAAAUGUUGAAUCAUUUUCGCUAUCAAAAGGUCUUCUGAUUUAGUUUGUCAUGACUUACAUUGUAGAUUUGGCUCACAUAAAUGCCUGAGUAUACUCCAACUAAAAAGGCCAGCUACAACAAGCAAUACAUAUUGAUUGAAUGGA